AUGGAUUUCAAUUUUAACAUAAAUGAUUUUAUCAAAACCAACAUUGUUAAAAUAAAUAAUGCUAUAAUGCCUGAUACAUUUAAUGGAGAUAGCAGACAAACAAGGGUGUGCCAGGAAAUCAUGUCAGUCAUUCUGGAUGAAAUGGGUGAAGCAUCAGCCAAAGCCCAAGGAUUAUUGAAGCCUAUUACCAAUACAGAACUUUUAAGAAAUAAAGAUCAUAUAGUGUAUUUACUUGUUGAAAAAGAAGGCAACCAUGGGAAAGGGUCUGUAGUUGGCAUGCUGAAAAUGGGAAGAAAGAGCCUUUAUGUUUUUGAUGAAUGUGGUGACUGCCAUAAUGUGUUAUGUUUAUGUGUCCUUGACUUUUAUGUUCAUGAAAGCAGGCAAAGAAUGGGCUAUGGAAAGAUUCUUUUUGACUACAUGCUUGAGGAGGAACAUAUUAAACCUAUAAAAUUAGCCAUUGACAGGCCUUCUGAGAAAUUCAUAAGCUUCCUAAAAAAACAUUAUGGCCUUGAAAACAUUAUUAGGCAGACAAAUAAUUUUGUUGUGUUUCGUGGAUUUUUUAACAAUUUGAAAAACAAUACAACAGAAAAUUCUCCAAGAAGAAGUUAUGGAAGCCCUUACAGAGCAACACUUGAUGAUAAAGUAACAUACAAUGGCCGCUUUACUGCACAUAAAAGGGAAUCAACAAUUGGAAAGUGCUUGAACUGGAGUGGUCAUGAUGAAUCCUGGCUGGCACAAGUUGCACCUAACCAGCUUUACACUAUGCCACAUGCACUUGCCUCUGUCCCUCCUGCUUCUUCAAGUGUAAAACUGUUUUAA